AUGAUGAAUUUAAAAAUCACUCAAAUUCCCUCCCCCCUUCCGUUCCUCUCGACGCUGCUCGCUAAACCACCGUCCCCCUCCCCCUCCCAUGGCCGCGCCCGCCCUCCUUUCCCUCUCCCCCGCCGUAUCCAGGCACCCCCACCCCCUCUUCUCCCACACCCACUCGCCUCGCCACCUCCGCCUCACCCCUCCGCCUCUUCCUCCCCCUCCCCCUCCCCCUCGCCGGCCGGCGGCGGCGGCGGCGUCUUCCUCUCGCCGAGCGCGCUCUCGCAGCUCGACGCGCUCGCCGCUUUCCGCUACGAGCACUCCUUCCCCCACGGCAGCCUCACCGUGCGGGCCCUCACCCCGGCCGACGACGCCGAGGCCGACGUGCUCGUCCGCCUCCUCGCCUCCUCCUUCUCCGAGGACGUCAGGUGGGCCCCCGCGCAGCGCUACGCCCAGCUCCUCGCCUUCGUCAUCCGCCGCUACCUCUACGAGCGCCGCGGCCUCGCGCCCCACGCUGCCGUUCUGGUGGGUUUCUACAAGCCCGCCGCCGCGGAAGAAGGGGAGGAGGGCGAAGACGACGGGGAUGAGGGGGAGAUGGCGUGCACCGCCGAGGUGUCGCUGGACGCGGUGGGCGCCCCCGGGGCACCGCCCACGCCCACACCGCCGCUCGAGUUCCCUUACAUCUGCAACAUGACCGUGAAGACCUCGUUGAGGAGGAGAGGAAUUGGAAAACAACUUCUUAAGGCAUGUGAGGAUCUGGUUGUCAAGAUGGAUGCAAAAACGCGUGUAUAUCUUCAUUGUAGAAUAAUUGAUGAAGUGCCGUUCAACAUGUACAUAAAAGCAGGAUACGACAUUGUUCAGACUGACAGUAUCCUUGUUUGGCUGAGCCUCCAGAAGCGCAAGCACUUGAUGCGCAAGGAAUUACCCCAAGUUUCUGUUGGUAGUGAUGUACAACCUUAGAAUUUUGAGGGGCUGAACAGCCAUAGCACCAUCAGGUAAACAUAAGUUGAAUCUUGUGUAUAAAUCUUAUGCUUCUAGUUAGCCCUAAUUGACAUGUGCAUAUUUACUACUGUAUUCUCCUUGUCAACUGGCUAUGAAAAAUGGUUUUUGUGGAGA